AUGGACCAAGAAACCAAAACGAUGCAAGACGAUACGGUCUCAGUCGGCAAUGCCGAGAAAAUCGUGGACGCUGCCACGGCGGACGACCAGGACGUGGAGCGCAUGGGAUAUGUCGCCGAAUUGCCUCGCCCCUUCACCCUCCUAAGCGUGCUUGCCAUCGGUUACGAGAUUUGCUCAGCUCCGACGGCACUGAUUAUAUCCUUCAGCGUUAUCGUCGGUAGCGGUGGACAGGCAAUGUUUAUUUGGGGUCAAUGGAUCAUCUACCUGAUGGCUGCCUGUGUGGCAAUCAGUCUGGCUGAGCUUGCCUCGGCUUAUCCCAAUGCUGGAGGACAGUACUACUGGGCUGCUAUGCUUGCUCCAAAAUCAUAUCGCAAACUGGCUUCCUUCGUGGUUGGUUACCUCAGCUGGGCAUCCUCAAUGUUCAUGUUAGCCUCCAUAUGCAUAUCGAUGGGCUUCCUGGCUACUGGCAUGUAUGCUCUUCGACAUCCUGACGCAACCAUCAGUCCUUGGAACGUUUUCGUUGUGUACCAGGUGGUCAAUAUCUUGGGGUUCGCCAUGAGCUGCUGGCAGAAGUUGUUGCCUAGAAUCAGUCGGGUCUUCCUUUUUACUAUGGUGGCUACCGCCGCUAUUAUCUUCGUCAGCAUACUGGCUCGGGCACCGGUCAAACAGUCCGCGUCAUUCGUCUUCGCGAGCUAUACCAACUACAGUGGCUGGAACGAUGGCAUUGCCUUCGUUACAGGACUCCUGGGGGUCAAUUGGGGCUUCUCAUGCCUUGAUGCCGUCACUCACAUGGCCGAGGAGAUACCCGAACCUCGCAAGAAUGUCCCCAAAGCCCUCUUGGGCACAGUGGGACUUAAUGCCAUCCUGGCCUGGCCGAUGGCAAUUGCUCUCAUGUUUUGCGUCCAAGAUCUGGAAACGGUUUUCGCUGGAGCAACCGGAAUACCAGCGAUCGAUCUGCUGACUCAAAUCUUUGAAGCCGAAACUGCAGGUCCCUUGGGCAUUGUAGCCGUCCUUUUCAUCUCCACUUUCGGCGCCGUGUUCGGUAUUCAGGCGUGGCAAGCACGUCUAUGUUGGUCGAUCGCCCGUGACGACGGCAUGCCCUUCUCGAAAUACCUCAAGAAAAUCGCACCAGCACCCUACGAGAUCCCUUUCUGGGCCCACCUUUUCUCCUGUUUCAUCGUGGCGCUGCUCGGAUGCUUGUACCUUGGGUCGAGCGUUGCCUUCAACUCUUUUGUUGGAGGUGGUAUCUUGAUGCAGUACACCGCAUACUCCAUCUGCAUUGUCUUCCUUCUGAUGAAGGGACGAGACAACAUCCCACGCGGUCCGUUCUGGCUGGGAAAAUUCGGCGCAGUCUGCAAUGUGAUUGUACUCUUCUGGACGGUCUUCACAAUGGUGUUUUACUGCUUUCCACCAUACUACCCGGUCACCCUUACAACAAUGAACUAUGUGUCUGUGGUGCUAGUUGGCUUUGUGGUUAUCUUCACUGGUUACUACCUUGCUUUUGGUCGGAGAGCCUUCACGGGACCACCGGAGGUUGAGUUGUAG